UCAAUCUUGUAUAUCAAUUCACACUCCUCCCUCUCCCACCCAUCCGAGCUGAAAGCCACUCAAAAAUUGAGUCCUGAAAAUUCAAUCACCUAUUCUCUCAUCUCUCUCCUCCUCCCCUCUCUCUCAUUUUCCCUCUCUCCACCCCAGCUGUCUCUUCUUCCUCCGUCUUUAUUGAAUCCAAAUUUCAGCCCCUCCCUGUUUCCCCUCCGCGGUCCCCGUCUUGCUUAUCUCAUCUCCGGCUUCAACAUCGACUCUUUACUCAAACGCACUUUCUUCGCUCUCCUUGUAAAGACAUUCAUGUGUUCACAGCCGCUUAAUCGGUCAAAGCCCAAUUAAACGGAUUUUGACCCGCUUUUGACCCGUUUAAUCUCUCAAUACGUUUAAUAACCCGAUUUAACUCUCAUCGGAGCGUUUUUAUCCUGCUUCCGCUUAAGCAAUGCGCUUUUCAUAACAGUGAUAUAUACACAUAUAGAAGAAUACUAUUCAGUUAUGGAUACGACUACAUUGUUAGAAAUUUACAAUAGUUGUGAGCUUCGUAUACGUAACAACAUUCAUAAUUUGCCAGAAGGAAGUGAAGAACACAAGCUAUUCGCUGCGAGCCAAUGUCAAUAUACUAAUAAUCUUUUUACCAAGCUGGCUCCAGAUAAAUCCACUGCAUUUCACUUGGCAGUACGCAGUGAUAGCACUGAAAUGCUUGAGGCCCUCAUCGAGGCAGCCAGACGUUUGCCCUGGUCGUCUUCUUCUUCAACUAAUGAUGAUGCCCAAACUACUGCUCUUGAAACUUUACUCAGGCGAGCUGAUUGCCAGGGUAUCACGGCCUUACUCAAAGCAGUGGUGGCUAAUAAAUUUGAGCAUGCCAAGCUGUUAGCAAAGGCAGAUCCAAAGGAUAGACAUAUGCAAACUAAAUCAUCUCCUCUCUGUACUGCGGUUAGGCUUCGGUACUUGAACAUUGCUCAGAUGAUAGCUCAUACAUGCAGAGCUCCGGCUGUAGAUGGUGCUUUGAUCGCUCUUAUUCCCCAGCUGCCUGAAGGGUUUAGCGACAAAAGUUAUAGAGUUUUAUUAAUCAUUGAAGCAGGCAGAAGACGUUAUCAUUCAACCGAUCCAACAGAUCACCGCUUUGUGGAUUUCAUCCAACAGGCUGAGAGUGAGAGCAAGAACACUGCCUUGCACUUGGCAGUUAUGGGAAACCGCCUGGGCAUUGUUCAGCAGAUUUUGAUGGCAAAUCCGUCGUAUAUAUGUGACAAUAAUAAUGGGGAGCUCAAGACUCCAAUCUAUAUUGCGGUCGAACAGGGAUACAAGGAUAUAGUCCAAGAAUUGUGCAAACAUGCUGGCUCAUCAAGAGCUUGUUCAGAGGGUCCUCGAAAACGAACAGUUCUGCAUGCUGCUGUUUUAGGGCGCGAUAAAGGUUGUGUGGAAUUGGUUUUAAAUAAUUUUGGAAUGCAACGUCUUCAAGAGCGUCAGGAUGAAGAUGGUUGGACCCCACUUCACCAUGCCGCGCAUUCCAGGUUUGAUUCAAUGAUAGACAUAAUAGGACAAAGAUUCCAAGGAAGUGGUCCAUACAUCUCGGAUCUUUCUUCACUCCUCUAUCGAGAGGGGGUACCAUCGCCACUUUGGAUGGCAAUAGAUCAAGGACAUACUUCUACAACAGUACUAAUCAUCAAACUACUGCCGAGUUUAUGCGAGGAGGUGGAGCCUGAAAGCAGACAGAAUAUACUACACUUGGCAGCGGAAAAGAAUGACAAGGAAACGGUACAAGAUAUUAUAGAAACUUGUCCUCCUGAAUAUCUUCGCAAGAUCUUGAAUGGAAAAGACAUAAAUAAGAACACGGCUCUGCAUUUGCUCAUCGCCAAAGGUUGCUUUGUUAAACAACUCAUAGAGCAUGAACACAUUAAUAAAACCGCGAGGAACUAUCAAAAUUGGACUCCUUACGACAUGUUAUAUUUCCAAGAUGAUAUUGUAGCUGAUCAGUUAGCUAUUAAAAGAGUCCUUGAUGAAGCUAAUCAGAAUUCAAGCUUUUGGAUUUGGAGAAGGUCGAGUUCCCAUAUGGAAAGUUUUGUCCCUCCAAGGAAAAGAUCGGAAAAAGAUGUUAAAUUCAAGAUAGCCAAUGAAACUUAUAUGAAAGCGGAAGUUCUGCGAUACAGGGAAAGGACCAACACUCAGAUUAUAGUUACCGCUCUUAUAACUACGGUCACAUUUACGGUAGGUUUUACUAUGCCAGGCGGGUAUUACCAAAGUGGUGAGUUGAAUCAAGGAUCAGUUCUUCUUGCAAACGAGACAGCUUUCAAGGCUUUUAUAGUAUCAGAUGCAAUAGCUCUAGCACUGUCAACUACUUCUCUUUUCCUCUACUUCAUUUCAAGUAUGUAUGAAGAUCCCCGCCAAGUAUCAAAGCUCAAUGCUAUAUCAACAGGACUCAACAUAUUUUCUAUUGUCGGGAUGAUGCUGACGUUUAUCUGCGGGAUCUAUGCUGUGCUAUCUCACUCCCCGGUCCUUGCUCUUGCGAUUUGCAUAAUUUGUUCCACUUUCUUCGUCUGCAUAGCUCUUCUGUUGAUCAAGUUGGGAUAUGAUCGCAAUAAAUUAAAAGACAUUCUCGUUUGAAUUAUUAAUCAACGGAGGGGAAGGCUACAUUGGACAGUUGAUGAGGGACUUAUAAUUUGCACUGCAGAAGAGGGCGAAAAUUUCUGGUGCAACGGAUCUGGAGCCCAAUUUUGAAGGCUUGUGCUGGUCCUCAUGCUUGGAACUGAAUCACUCACUCACACAACACCAUUAGUAAUUUCUAUUCGACUCAUCGUUGAGAUUAAACUACAAGCAUCAUAUACCAGAACAGUCUAUCGUCCUACUCUUUUUGAUUUUAUAGAUUUAUAUAUCUUUUCCAAUUGUUCUUUAUAAUGUACAGAGAAGUAUAUACAGUGAUUUGUAUUUCUUAAUCAAAUAAGCUACCUUAGCUUUUGUUCAUCCUUCGACUUGCUCAUCACU